CAACAGCACAACAAAACGUAACGAAAAGACAACUGCGAUGGCCGAACCGCCCUCCAAACGCCGCAGACCGGAUAGCAAGCAGAUGUGGGAUGCGUCUGAGCGACGCGCGCCCGUGCCUCGCGAUCGGGAUCGGGAUUGGGAUAGGAGGGAUGAUAGGGAUGGGGACAGAGAGAGACAUCGUCGGUAUCGCAGCCGGUCGCCGCGAGGUCGUGGGGAUUGGGAGAGAGAGAGAGAUAGGGAGUAUAGAGGUGGAAGGGGUGAGGAGAGAGGCGGAAGGGGGGGUAGGAGUGAGGGGGGGGAGAGGAUUGAUGGUGGCGCGAGAGGAAUGAGAGAUCGACCGCGUGAGAGAUCGAGGGAUAGAGAGAGGAACCGCGACGAUGAGCGGCGGCGGAGUCGCAGUCGAAGUCCUCGCAGGGAGAGGGAGAGGGAGCGGGAAAGGGAGCGGGAAAGGGAGCGGGAACGAGAAAGAGAAAGGGAUGUGGAUCGAGAGGGAAAGACGAAUCGCGAUGGGGAGAGGAAGCCCGAGAAGACGAAGCCCGAGUUCGCGGAAAGCUUCUCGAAAAACAGGGCCGCGACGCCUCCUGUGAGCUUCAAGGUUGGGGGUGCGCCGCCUCCGCAAGAACAUGACAGGAUGGAUAUGGAUGGGACGAGCACAGGAAGCAAGGGUCGAGCGAAAGGAGGGAAGAAACCACGGGAGGAAGAGCCUGCAGAGGAGGACGAAGAUAUAGUAGUUGAGGACGAUGGCAUGGCUGCUAUGCAGGCGAUGAUGGGGUUCGGAGGCUUUGGAACCACGCAUCAGAAGAAAGUCGCGGGCAAUGAUAUCUAUGCGGUGAGGAAGGAGAAGAAGACGGAGUACAGGCAGUAUAUGAACAGGGUUGGGGGCUUCAACAGACCGCUCAGCCCGAGUCGGGAUUGAAGAGGCUGUUAACAGGUAAAGCCUUGGCUCUCGAGGUAUCAGAGAGAUAUAUCGAUGAAGGAAUUCAGGGAUUCUUCAUAGAAUCAGGUUGGGAGAUACAGCCCUUGAGUCGCGGACUGACGAGGCUGUCGAGCAUAGAAGACAGACAGCGUGAAUCCCUCACGUACAAAAGAGCACACACCGUUAUAGAUAAUAAACCAGAAGCAAUUCAUCU